CCUCAACACACAUACACACAUUCACACACACAUACACACACACACACACACUGUGCCUGGACUCAGGCCCUCAGACGGAGCACGGUGCACGCACUGCUCCACAGCUGGAUGCUUUUCCCUCUAUUUCUUCUAUGUCUGGAUUUUACUCUAAAACAUUUCAGUGAUCAACCGAAGAUGUUUUUGGUAAUGAGACUGUUAUAAGUACAUGAAAAAGAAAUCCCACUUUCAGAAGAAUUUGUUGGUUUUAAACCCACAAUAUUAUUGGAGCUCGCGGUGAUUGGAUUUUUUUUUUGGGAGAUAUUUUCGAAUGAAUAUCUAACCGGAUCCAGACAUUUGGUAAUUUUGUGAACGAGACUUUAUAUCAUCCAGGUUUUUUUUCUUUGGGAUGUUGAGCUCCGUGAAAAUGGAAAGUCAUGAAAUACCGGAGUGGAGCGGAUUUUACAGCGACGCCAGUGAGAUGUAUUCCUCUGCAAGUGCCAUGAAUUCUGUGAGUAGUCUGAACAGUUACAUCAACCUGAACCCAGCUGGCUCGAGUGCAAGCAUGAACAUGGGAUAUGGAAACCCAGGUCUUAACACCAUGGGAGGAGCAUCCAGUCACAUGAACCUGGGCACCUCUUUAAACACAAGCUCAUUAACCCAAUUAAGUCCUUCAUCUUCAUCCCUGGCUCCACUUUCUCACUACCAGAGCAUGAAUCAGCCCAUCUCUCAGCUCACUUAUUCAUCUCCACCAGCACUGAAUCGUGCUAAGGAAGUGCCCAAGCCAUAUCGUCGCACUCUGACCCAUGCCAAGCCACCAUACUCGUACAUCUCACUAAUCACAAUGGCAAUCCAACAGUCGACCAACAAGAUGCUAACCCUGAAUGAGAUCUACCAGUGGAUCAUGGAUUUGUUUCCAUACUACCGCGAGAACCAACAACGCUGGCAGAAUUCAAUCCGCCACUCGCUUUCCUUCAAUGACUGCUUCGUUAAAGUUGCACGUUCACCCGAUAAGCCUGGGAAAGGUUCCUACUGGGCGCUUCAUCCCAAUUCAGGCAACAUGUUUGAGAACGGAUGCUACCUGAGGCGCCAGAAGCGCUUCAAAAUCGACGACAAGCCGGGAAAGAAGGGUGGGGGAAAGUCUCAGGAUGGUAUGAACUCUAAACAUGGGAAUAGCGAAGGUGUGCAUGAGGAUCGAAGCCCUGGUACAGGCUCAUCUGAUGGUGCCGAUUCAGCCCAGUCUGAUGUUUCCCAUCCUGGCUCUGCAUCUGAUGAGCAGCAAAUGAGUCUAGCACCACUAGACGGUCCACCUCAAAGCGCAAUUCCAUCCUCUAUGCCGCCUUCUGGAUCUCACCUGCACUCCGAGGGCAUGAACACGAGUCCUCAUCUGCUUUCCAGUUCUAUCCAGCAUCAUCACCUGGAUAUGCAGAAUGACCCACUCAAGUCCAUGGACCCACAGUACAACUUCAACCACCCAUUCUCCAUCACCAACCUCAUGUCUAAUGAGCAGAAAAUGGAGCUCAAGUCAUACCAAGAUCAUGUCAUGGCUUACAAUGGCUACGCUGCUUCAUCCCCUGUGGCCGCCAAACAGAUUUAUGACAGCGCUGGACCCUCAAGCAUUGACUCAGGCGCCUAUUACCAGACCCUCUACAGUAGGUCUGUGCUAAACGCAUCCUAGACAGGUGUUUUCCAUUGGUUUUUUUGGACUAAUCAAGUUGUCAGAAACCCUAUGAUUGGUACCAGGCCUCUAACACAAUGGAAACAGACUUUUAUUUAUCUGCUUCUGGCUACAUUUCUUGAAAUACAUCGAAAUGUUAUUGGAUUUGAUAAAAGCAGAGUCUGUAAAUGAAAAAAAAAAAAUUCCAAGUGCUUACCCUGCUUUUCAUCUUAACUUUUUUUAACCUUUCCAAGCUUCCACAUCAGUUGAACUGUAAACACAAUUUUGUGAAAGGAGAGUUUAUAAACUCCUCAAAGGCCUCAGUCAAAGGCAGUCAAUCAGCCAAGAUAUGUUUUGGGUCUGAUGUUUGCUUUUUUAAUUUUGGAUUGGAACUACAGGCCUAACAAAGCUAACAGUUGAGAGAAGCUUAUAGCCAACAGAUUAGAAGCAUAUGAAGGGCAGGUUAAGAUUAUUCUUUUUCAGUCCAUAGCUGAUAUCACUCCACAUGAGCAUCAGACUCUCGUGGGAGGUGUUGGCUAUCAUCUCAAGGCUGGAAUUAGACGUUAGAAGUUAUAUGGUUCAGUUUAUUUGUAUAUUUAGUGUUUAAUACAGAAUUGUCCUAUCUAUUUUUUAAAUGUUUACGUACACAUGGUGUUACUGAGCCAAACAUGGCCUGUUAAGGUGAGUGCUAAACUGGCACACUGUUAGUAAAGUAGUCUUGGCUGAUCAACUACAUUUGUGGUAAGGGAUGACUGUAUAUAAUAUUCUUGACCAAAUUUCCAAAUUAACAGCCUUAUUGAAUUAGGUUACACUGCAGAAACUGAUUACCAACAACACAAGCCUCUGCACAUAGGCCAGUCUGACGAAUACAAUCGAUUUUGUUGAACCUUUGGCCUUUUUAAGGUCAGGGUCUUUUGCUAAAUAGCAGAAUGAAAUACAAACGCAAAAUGUGUAUAUACACUGUCUUUGGCAAAAGGGGAAAAGCCAUUUAUUUAUGAAGGGAAGAAAUUAAUAUAUCUUAUUUUUCUUUUUUGUGUUUUGGGAUUAAUAUGGGUUGUAUAUUUUGUGUCUCUCUGUGUGUGUGUGUGUGUGUGUGUGUGUGUGUGUGUGUGUGUGUGUGUGUGUGGGUGCGUGCAUGUGUGUAUGCGUGUGUGCGCGUGUGGGUGUGUGUGGGUGGGUGUGUGUUGAAGUAACUCUGUUGCUACAGUACAGUCUCAUGUUACAGCAUAGCGUGGCGUUUCUGUUAGCAUAAAGUGCGCAAAUGUGUAAUGUUGCAUUGCUUCAUGUGUAAUGACUUUUUUUUUUAAUAUGCCAAAAAACUGUGGUAAACAUUUUGGCUCAAAGCCCUUUUCUAGUAAUUAAACUCAGUCUUAAUAUUAAGAAAAUAAUUGUUCUGUUAUCAUUUGUAUGCCACAGCAAAGACAUAAUAGUGCAAAGUGCUAGACAUGCAUCUAUAUUCCUUUGUUAAUUUUACAGAAAUCACUUUUUAUGUAUAUUUGGAAUAUCCUCAUUUGUUAUACUUUUCCUUAUUUAUUAAGCUGAAUAUGACUUAAUAUAAUGAUAAAUUGGUUGUAAGGGCAAUUACACAAGAACUGUUUUACCCAUGUCCAAUGCAGUUAA